AUGGGCCCGCUGGGCCCGCUGGGCCCCAUCCCCAGCCCGCGCAUGGACUUCGACGAGUGGACGCCGCUGGGCCACGGCGACCCGCUCAAGAACGACCCCACGUACGACUACGUGCCGCCCGUGCUGGACCGCGUGCACUACUGGAUGGAGGAGAGCAGCGCGCGGCGCGACGUGGACCUGAACGCCGUGCCCGUGCCCGCCACGAUGCUGGUGCCGCCCCCGCCGCCGCCGCCCGCGCCCACCACGGCCGCCUUCACCGGCGCCCCGCCGUCCUACUCCAGCCUGAACCCGUUCCACCACUUCGAGGACCGGCCCGUGGUGCCGAACGUGCUGUUCGAGGAGAAGCCCUUCGGGAGCUUCGACGCGCAGGGCUUCGGGGACGUGCUGCGGGACGCGGCGCCCACGCCGUCGCCGGUGGUGCAGCACCAGCCCCUGCUGGGCCCCACGCCCGUGGCGGGGCCGCUGCUGCCGACGCCGCACAGCCCCACGCCGGCGCCGCGGCCGCCCCGGCCGCCCAGUCCCAACGCCAUCCGCGCCGAGCCGGCCAAGUCCAGCAAGCUGGCGGCCUCGACCACCACGACGACGCCCCUGCCGUCAACGACGACCGCCAGGACGGCCCCCAUGACCACCACGUCGUCCUCCAUCUCCUCCCUGGUGCGCGGGCUGCUGCACCGGGAGGCCGCCACCACGGCCAGCACCCUGACCACGGACCCGCUCUUCGCGCACUACAAGCAGCCCGUGACGCCGGUGCAGGGCCCCGCCUACCUCAUCAUCCAGGGCCACUCCAAAGUCAAGACGUACGGGCCCGUGCUGCGACGCAUCUAGGGACUCCAGCGCGGUGGGUCCAGUGCCGUGGCCAAAAACCACGAAGUCACCCUGAAAACUUAAGUGUGUACUGAGUACACACUCUUGGUAAAGUAUCUACUGGGUACACACUUUGGUUUUCGGUGCGAUGGGCUGGAAGGGCUGCGUUUGAAAGGCCAGUCAGCUUCAAGAUUGCUGUGGAAACGAACAGCGAAACGAAGCAAAAGUACAGCCUCAUUAACGAAGCCGCCCGAACCGUGCGUUCGGCUCGGCUCGGCUCGGCAGUUCUGCGUGGAUCGGCUGUGCUCGGCAGUGCGUCCCGACUCGGGCGUCCAUGUUCCCACGGGGUGCAAUCAACACUCGACUCCUCUGACCCCAAUUCGAACAGAAGAUAGUCUGCGCCGCCGCGCCGCUGCGCCUGGUGCUGGGCCCGUGCGGCCUGUGCGGCCUGUGCUGGUUUUGAGCGGGAAGACGAAGCUCCUCCCUCUGUGAGUGUGGCCCGCCAGGAUAUUGUUCCCUCUGCCUCUCUCUCAUUCUAGACAACACAAAUGCUUUUCCAUGUUCCCCGCGUACGAAUAUCUCUGCCUUCUUCAGCGGUUUCUGUUUUGCUUUCUUGUCGGGUUUCUGUUGAGUUUUUAUUUUUGUUUUUGUUUUUUUUUCUUGUGAUGUUUAUGUUAAGUUACCAUGCGCUGGGCGUGUCCUUCCCCGCCUUGUCCAUCUUUCCUGUCUCUCUCUGGUCUUCUUCGGAAUAAACCUGUUUUCUCGUUUCCACGGCUGUUUUCUGUUUCACCAGUGUUUCAUUUCGCGUAUCGGUGAACUACUCAAACUUCAUCGCUCAGAAUCACCAUCGUAGUCUCAGCCUUGCCGGUUUCAGCAAGCGUUUAUCCAAUCAGGUAAAAAAAGGAAGUACAAAGCGUUUUGAAAUCAAUAAAAAAAACAUCGUCAGUACAAA